AUGGCUCAGCAAUUGGCAUUUCGCCACAUUGAGUUAUGGCUACCAGCGCUUUCGUGGGUCAACUCCGAUAUAAUGAAUAUUGGAGAUCUUGAAUGGGAAUUGGACCUUCGCCCGUCACACUUUCUCAAACACACCAUGCCUAGACCUAGAAUUACACCCCAAACUCCUCCAGCAGUGCGAUCUCCCUACACCCGUGUGGGAACCGCAGCAGCUCCAACUCCUCGCAAUACCUCUAGUGCUCGUCUUACGGCUUUGUCCCGUGAAACUUCGAAUGGCACUUUGGCACCUCGAGCGUCCACCACCUCUCGAGCUGUGGGUGGAGCCUCAGGCGUCAUUUUGGCUACAAACCAUGGGCAAGCCCAUCAGUAUGGACCUGGACAUCUCGUGACGCGCGAGGCCACCAACCAAAAGGUCUAUGUUGAUGACUCCCCUCAUUGA